AGCGGUGCUGCUCUCGUCCUCUUCUCCCGUCUCUCUCGUUCCCCUUCCCCCCCAUUCCUCCUCCACCAUUCCAUUGCCCCCGAACCAUCGCAAGGAUCGUCGCCCUCCUCCUCCUCCUCGCCAAGAUGACAGAACCACCGUUUUUGCCGCGUGAGAGGCUUUUUAAGGAGCAGCAGUAUUUCCAGAGCUUGAGCAAGCACACUCAUCUGAAAGGGCGUUACGAUGCGAUCACCUCCGUCGGCAUCCCCCUUGCGCUCGCUGCCUUGAGCCUGUUCAUGAUUGGUCGUGGUGUCUACAACAUGUCUCACGGAAUCGGGAAAAAGGAGUGACCGUCAGUGGCUUCGCUGCUGGGUCGGUACUUUGACAUGGGAGCGGUUCUUUGAAAGGAUUUUGCUGUUCGAAGGUUAUGAGCCCGUAACGUCUAUUUAAGUUGCACAAAUAAAGCUACAGUAAAGUUCCAUCUGUGGAUGGAUUUCUAGUUCUCCUUUCGUUGGUUCUUGCGGGCACCUGGUGUCAGCGAACCGAUGCUGAAUUGGCAGCAACAAUGUUCAAUUAUCGGCAAUGUUGCUAUGUGUUCUCUUUUAACCUGUGGUAUACUAUACAAGUCUUUCAGGCGAUCAUGGUGUAUUUUAUGUUC